AUGCCGUGGCCAGACCACUGGCUCGCUCCUCAGGCGCGCUACUACCCCGUCUACCAUCGCCGUCCAAGCCGCUACGAUAUCGCCCUCUCGGAACAAAACUCCCGGCUCGAGAGACGUCUGGAGACACUCGACGAAACCAACGAAAAGAUCAAAAAGCGACUAGAGAAGCAGAAAACUCAGGGCGUCAAACUCAAGAACUACAACAAAAUGACCGUCGAAGAAUUGAAAAAUUUCGGUCGUGCAAAGGACUUCUCGGACACGAUCGACCGAGGAAGGAGGAGAUCCUCAUCAGCCGACUCUCAUCGCAGACACCAUCAUCAUCAUGGAGGUGGUAGUGGCGGUGAAGUUUGCUGUGAUAAAUAUCGAAAACAUCACCAUCAUCAUCAUUCAGGCCGUAUCUCCCACGAUCAUCACAGCCACGGAAUUCGAUGCGGCUGCCACUCCCGCUGUAACGGAUCAGAUGGCGAUUGUCCUCCUGCUUAUCCUCAUCAUCCCCAUCAUCAUUGUAAUGGUGGUGGGCAAUCCGGUGGCGAUCUAUCCUCAUUCGAUGAGAGCCGUCUUGGCAAAGUCGAACGGGAAGUCAAGGAGAUUUCGGAUGUCACGUUCGGGACAAGAUUGGAACAUAAACGUGCCUCGCAGCGUUACCGUCUCGGGCAGGAUUUGCGAGAUAUGGGAUUUCCGGGGCCGAGUGAGUGGUAUUGA